AUAUUCUUCCGCCAUGGCUGACGUUCGAUUCCAACUCGCUCAUGAGAAACCUCGCUUUUUCAAAAGCAAACCCAACCACAAAGACAAGGGUGCGCCACGGGGCAUACUGAAGGCCCCAGGCGAAUACGAAGUCGGGCAAGCUCCUUUGAGCUCUUCGAACCGGCACCACGAUAGCCGUCACAGCUCUAGAUACCCACCGUCGACAGCCAUCCCAUCGCCCACGGGCGUCAUCCCAUAUCACAGCCUCCUCACCCCCCACUUCGACUAUUCAUCAUCAUCAGACCGCGGGACAGAAGCCGAAAUCCGGCUAAACUCUUUCCUCUCCGACCCCAGGUUCACAUGGAAUAUCACCCUUCCAUCAACGACUGCGACGUAUCCUUCACGGAUACCUAAUCUCCAACUUCCUGCCACAGAGCCUCCCACACAUAAACUCACGCUUCGCUUCUCUCUCCCCCACCCCGACUUCUCAGAAAUGAAGCAUUCAUGGAACUCGCUCACGGUCCGCGCCCGGGAUUCCAGGCGUGUCACGAUACGUGACAUUCUUGAUGCGAUAUACGCGUACUUCCAGACGACGCUCAAGUUUCACGAGUACAACAAUCUACCGCUCGAUGCUUACCAUGAUCUCAUGGAGUCGUAUACGAGAAGACUCGAUUGCCAGAAGCACGGAUCGUACCUCGGGCACGAUCCCAAGAGGGAGGACGCCCUUCUGGGAAACACCUCCUUCCACGGGUUGAAGUUGUCGUCGGUGAAGGAUGGUGAAAUCAAGUUUUCACUAUUACUUGGUCCUUCGAUCUACUGAGCGUGCUUUACCCUUACAUUUAUUCUGGUCUGGACACCAUCAUUUAUUUUUUUCGCAUCUCUCUUUAGGUACCUACAUGUACGCACUUACGACCGCAUUAUAUCACAUAGACUCUCUAGCGGCCUUACGAAACCCCAAGCGGUAGGCUUGGGGUAUUACACGACUUUUACGACUUGUAAUGUAGCAGUGUAGACAAUCAAACUGCUUGAAACGCCCAUC